AGAUACAAUUUUGUAUAUAAAUACAUGUGCAUAUGUAUACGCGCACGCAUAGAAGCAGUGAUGGUGAGUGAGGCCAACGCGAAAUGAGCAUAUGAUUACACUCUGAAGUCCAAACCACACACGUCGACGUUCAAGUGGACGGUCCAUAUAUCUCUCUUUUCUAUACCUAAUUAGCAUCUUCUCGCUCUCUGUUUUUAUUGAUAGAGUCGGUUGGGGUUUCUUCUAUGGUCGAUCUUCUCUAGCUAGCUCGAUCAAGAAGAAACCAGCAAAAUAUAAACACUUGAAGAUUUUAUCAAAGAUGAUGGGGCUGGUGGAUCAAGAGUCGUCGAUACCGCCUGGUUUUAGGUUUCAUCCGACAGAUGAAGAGCUUGUUGGAUAUUACCUCAAGAAGAAAGUCGCAUCCCAAAGUAUUGAUCUCGAUGUUAUCCGAGAAAUUGAUCUCUACAAGAUCGAACCAUGGGAUUUACAAGAGAGAUGCAGGAUAGGGUACGAGGAGCAAAAGGAGUGGUACUUUUUUAGCCACAAAGAUAAGAAGUAUCCGACUGGGACGAGGACUAACCGAGCCACCAUGGCUGGUUUCUGGAAAGCCACAGGCCGGGACAAGGCCGUUUACCUCAACUCCAAACUAAUUGGUAUGAGAAAGACUCUCGUCUUUUACCGUGGUCGAGCUCCCAACGGCCAAAAAUCCGACUGGAUCAUCCAUGAAUACUACAGCCUAGAAUCCCACCAGAACGCUCCUCAACAGGAAGAAGGAUGGGUAGUGUGUAGAGCAUUUAAGAAACGAACGACCGUCCCGACAAAAAGAAGACAACUUUGGGAUCCAAACUGUUUCAUAUACGACGACGCUACCCUCUUGGAACCUCUCGACAAGAACGUCCUCAUCAAGCGCGCCAAACAUAACACUGAUGGUCUAGCGGUCACACCGUUUAAGCAAGAACUACCCUCUGAGGCCAACCAAAUCGUCGAUGAUGGAUUCUUUGGCUCUUACCUUAAAUCCAUGGGUGAUGAUGAAUUAUCUCAGCUUCCUCAGCUGGAGAGCCCCUCUCUUGCCUCAGAAAAGUUGCCGGAAACAACUAGCCGCACGGGGGAAGAUGACCUUGGCGCUGAGAAGAGGAUGACGGAUUGGAGAGCGCUUGAUAAGUUCGUGGCGUCUCAAUUCUUGAUGAGUGGCGAAGAAUAAAAUGUUUUUGGGAGGGGGUGAUAGUAUACCGUUCAAUGCAUGCAUGCAUAAGAAACGUUGUCGUUACGUGGAAUUAUAUAUGAUCUUAAUAAAAAUCAACGAAAGGGAAGGAUUUUGGAUGGAUAAGCAGAAGAUGAGAGUGGAAUGUAUAAGCAGUGGCUUAAAGAAAAAUACGUUCUUUAUUUCGGUGUGUGAUCUUAAUAAAAAUCAACGCUCUACACUUGCUGAGUUUUUCGUGUAAUGUAUAAGCAGUGGCUUAAAGAAAAAUACGUUCUUUAUUUCGGUGUGUGAUUUGUUUUUUCAUUUUUAGUAAUUAAAUAAUUAGUAAGGUGGGCUAAAAGUGGGCCCAUAUAAAAUGGGCUUUGUCUAGCGUGCGCGGUGAAGCAUGGUUAGUUUAACUCAUGCUUUGUCUCCCCCAUUAAAUAUCCGACGUGCUGUCGUUACCUUGAUCUGUUUCAAAACAUACUGUCGUCUAAAUACCGUGAAAAGGGAGUUCGAAACGGCAAGGUGUCGGACUGCAUAAAAAUGAAACGCCAUGAAGUUUUUCUGUCUUAAGUUGAAAUAGCUAAUCUCUCUUUCAUUCUCCUCGGGGGAACCAGACCUGCGCUGAAACAAACAAACAAACAAUUGGAUUCCAAAGUUCGUUAACAAUCACAUGGGGGCAUCAGAUUCAACGCUAUUAGGCGCUCAGGAGAAUAGAGGAGGUGGAGAUGUGAUAACAACCAUCUCUCAACGAUCCGAGAAAGUGGAUCCCAUUCUCGAUAAUCUUAAAUCCCUAACAGUUUCCAAUAUUAAAGUCAGCUCCUCCCAGGGAAAGUAGCUUAACAGACAUAUUGGUGAGGAAAGCUUUAUCGAGCUCCUCUUCCAAAGAUACGGUGGAUCCUCAAAUACUUGUUGAGCUUUUCUCCAUUUACCGUGAAUGGCAAGACAGCAAAGCUCAAGAUAUUACCACCAGACAGG